CCAUCCUCCCUUUCUUCGAAGGCGCCCUUCUCACGGCACUCUGCGAGGGGAAGUCUGAGAGAGAGCUCUCUCUCACCUCUCUCUCCGGACCCAUCGCUCUCUCUCUCUCUCUCUCUCUCUCUCUCUCUCUCUCUCUCUAUCUAUCUUCUCUCUAGGGUCCUCGUGCCUUUAGUGGGUGAGCUGAAGCCAUCUGCCUUGGUUUGACUUAGUCUUCGGUCUUGAUUACAACAUGGAUGCCCGUCGCUCGUCGAUCCCAGAGGAUUCUGAGCUUUGAGAAUUGUGGAAGAUCCUAAGGGAAGUGGAAUUUGCAGGUCUUCGCUAGAAUAAUUGAAGCAGUCAAUAUCUACAGAAGGAAUAUCAGGGGACCUUUAUACUGCUGCCAUGAAGUGUUUUCCUUUUCCGAAUGGACUGAAGAAGAGUGAGCUCCUUUCCACAUUCUCUGCGUCAGCACGGUCUAGCAGUACCACGUCGACUGACCGUGAUAUGAGGAGAUCGGCAUCUGAGUUCAACUCUCAGAAUGUUUCAGACAUGAGCGCUGACUCCCUUGGGAGGUGUCAGUACCCUAGCUUCUCCCAGAGGCCAAGCGAUCUCAGGGUGUUCACACUUUCAGAUUUAAGGACUGCUACAAGGAAUUUCAGCCGUUCGAUGAUGGUUGGUGAAGGUGGAUUUGGAUGUGUUUACAGGGGCACAAUCAAGAGCUCUGAAGAUCCAAGUAUGAAGCUCGAGAUUGCUGUUAAACAACUAAAUCGCAAAGGGCUGCAGGGGCACAAAGAAUGGUUGACAGAAGUAAAUGUUCUGGGGAUAGUUGAACAUCCAAAUCUUGUCAAAUUAGUAGGCUAUUGUGCUGAUGAUGAUGAAAGAGGAAUACAAAGACUUCUUGUAUAUGAAUAUAUGCCUAACAGAAGUGUAGAGGAUCACUUGUCACCUCGAUCAACUACAACUCUUACAUGGCCCAUGAGGUUAAAAGUAGCUAUUGAUGCUGCUCGUGGCUUGAAGUACCUGCAUGAAGAUAUGGAUUUUCAGAUCAUUUUUCGAGAUUUCAAAACGUCCAACAUUCUCUUGGACGAGCACUGGAAUGCAAAAUUGUCUGACUUUGGCUUGGCUAGACAUGGACCAGCAGAAGGAUUAAGUCAUGUUUCAACAGCGGUUGUAGGAACUGCUGGCUAUGCAGCUCCGGAAUACAUGCGAACUGGUCAUCUCACUGCCAAGAGUGAUAUAUGGAGCUAUGGUGUUGUCCUCUAUGAGCUCAUUACAGGUCGUCGCCCACUUGAUAGAAACCGCCCAAAAAGUGAGCAGAAACUUUUGGAAUGGGUCAAGCCCUACAUAUCUGAUGUCAAGAAGUUCCGACUUAUCCUAGAUCCAAGGCUAGAAGGACAGUAUUCCUUAAAAUCUGCAACCAAACUUGCCUCUGUGGCAAAUAGAUGCCUAGUAAGAAAUCCCAAGUCUAGGCCCAAGAUGAGCGAGGUGUUGGAGAUGGUGCAAAGGACUUAUGAAGCCAUGGAGACUGGAGCUCCGCAACCUCCAUUGAAAAGUUCCGCUCCAGAAGAAAAAAAUUCAGGAACAAGGAAAAAAAGAGGAUUAAACCUAAAGAGAAGGAUUGGGGAUUUGAAAAUGGGAGAAGGAAUGCGGUUGGUGUGGCAGGGAUGGACCCCAAAACUUGUCAGGACACAUUGAUGGUAAUGGCGAUAAUGAUGAUGAUAAAGUAUAUAUCUUGUAUGAUGCAUUUGUGUGUGCUCGUAUUUAGUAGUUGGUUCCUGUUAUUGGGAAUUGUCAUGGUUAUUCAAUAGGUGCAAGUGAGGGAAUUAGCAGUGGCAACUUUGGAGGUUGUAACAUGCAAAUGUCAUGCUUAACCAAAUACAUUUUGUAUUCUUCUUUUCCAAUGAUAAUAUUGAGAAUGGUUGAUCUA